AUGACAAUGGCAGGCACAGGGCUUAUGGAGCAAGGAGAAGGGGCUUCUACAUCAGACUGUGGUUUCCAGGAAGGCUUCCUGAAGGAGAAGGGCUUUGACUCAAGUAUUGAAGGGACGAGGGCGCCGAGCCCCGGGCAGCGGCAGACGUCCCGCCGCACCCGUCCUCGCCGGGCUGUCCCCUCCUGGGGUCGCUCCUGCGGCGCCGCCGUCCACCUGGCGGCCGUGUGGCCCCGGGGCAGCGCCGCCGAGGGGCCGACAGCAGCGCCGGCCACCCCGCCAGGCUCCCCUGACCGGAACACGUGUCCCCGGACCCGACGGGGCGCCCCUGGGCGCUCUCGGAGCCGUGAUUGGUCCCCGGCCGUGGGCUGCAGCCAGAGAGGACGGGCAAGCGAGCUGCAAGGCUCAGGACCGCGGGAGGGACCGGCCGAGGCGGGAGCAGUCCCGGGCCCGCGGUUCCCUUCCGUCCUGGCGGAGCGCGGUGGCGCGCACAUCCGGACCGUCCCCUCUGUUACCCUCGUCCCCCAGGUGGGCACCAACGGCAUCAUCUCCACCCAGGACUUCCCCAGGGAGACCCAGUACGUGGACGACGGUUUCCCCACGGACUUCCCGGCCAUCGCCCCCUUCCUGGCCGACGUGGACACGAGCCGGGGCCGGGGCCGCGUGCUGUUCCGCGAGGACACGUCCCCGGAGGUGCUGGGCCGGGCCGCGCGCUUUGUGCGCACAGGCUUCCCGCGCGCCGCACACUUCUCGCCCACCCACGCCUUCCUGGCUACGUGGGCGCAGGUGGGCGCCUACCAGAAGGCCGCGCGCGGGGCGCCGCCCUCCGGAGAGCUGAACACUUUCCAGGCAGUUCUGGCCUCUGAUGAGUCCGACACCUACGCCCUCUUUCUUUAUCCUGCCAAUGGCCUUCAGUUCUUUGGAACGCGCCCCAAAGAGUCUUACAACGUCCAGCUCGAGCUGCCCGCCCGGGUGGGCUUCUGCCGAGGGGAGGCGGAUGGCCUGAAGGGAGAGGCGCCGUAUUUCAGCCUGACGAGCACCGAGCAGUCUGUGAAAAAUCUCUACCAACACAGCAACCUGGGGGUCCCUGGCGUGUGGGCUUUCCACAUCGGCAGCUCCUCCCCGAUGGACAACGUCAGGCCAGCGACAGCUGGACGGGACCUUUCCAGAGCCCAGUCUCCAGCUCCCCCAGGACGCCCCUUCAGCCAAGCUGCAGCCCCGGAAGGCGACUACACGGAGGACAACGUGGAUUAUUAUGAGGAGAAUGAGGAGGAAGUCGAAUACCCGCCCAGCGAACCAGAUGAGGCGUUGAAAGGCCACAGCCGUGUCGACGUUCCCUUCCGGGCCAACUCUGAGUCACGGCCUUCAGGAGGUGGGGUCUCUCCCCCAGACUCUGAUCUGGCCUCCACUUUGCCACAUCCCACACCUAGCGACUGGCCAUUCUACCCUGAAGCAGAAUCUGCCCCCCUAGACCCCCGGACCAGAGAGGGGAGACCUCUGGGGAAGACGGAUGCCUCGGAUGUAAGAGGCCCGGUUGACUCUUCUGAGCAGCUAGAGACCGGAGGCCCGGCCCCGUCAGAGACAGGAGGAGACCCACUGGAGCCUUCCCGGGAAGCCCCCUCUCCCUACCCUGAAACCAGAAGCAGCCGGCCCUACCUAGCUGGAGGUGCCCCGCUGUCAGAAAGGGACGUGCCCCCACAUUACCCCGCCCCGGAUCACCCUCCAGCACUGGGUCUCGGGAGGCAAGUGGUGAGGGUGGAAGACGACAUCACUUCCAACACUGAGGUCUUCACGUACAACACCGCCAGCAAGGAGACCUGCGAACACCACCACGGGCAGUGCUCCCGGCAUGCCUUCUGCACUGACUACGCCACCGGCUUCUGCUGCCACUGCCAGUCUCAGUUCUAUGGAAACGGGCAGCACUGCCUGCCGGAAGGGGCCCCUCAUCGCGUCAACGGCAAAGUGAGCGGCCACCUCCACGUGGGCCACAUGCCCGUGCACUUCACGGACGUGGACCUGCACGCUUACAUCGUGAGCAAUGACGGCAGAGCCUACACGGCUAUCAGCCACAUCCCGCAGCCUGCGGCCCGGGCCCUUCUCCCUCUCAUGCCCAUUGGAGGCCUGUUUGGUUGGCUCUUUGCUUUAGAAAAACCGGGCUGGACGAACGGCUUCAGCCUCACGGGCGCUGCCUUCACCCACGACAUGGAGGUUACUUUCCACCCGGGAGGGGAGACGCUCCGGGUCACUCAGACUGCAGAGGGGCUGGACCCGGAGAACUACUUGAGCAUUAAGACCGACAUUCGAGGCCAGGUGCCUGCCAUCCCAGCGAACGUCACCGCCCACGUCGCGCCCUACAAGGAGCUUUACCGCCACUCAGACUCAGCCGUGACCUCCACGAGCUCCAGAGACUACACCCUCACGUCCGGUGCCGCCAACCAGACCCGGACCUACCGCGUCCACCAGAACAUCACCUUCCAGACCUGCAGGCACGCCCCCCGGCCCCGGGCCGUGCCUGCCACCCAGCAGCUGAGCGUGGACCGGGUCUUCGCCUUGUACACCGACGAAGAGAGGGUGCUGAGGUUCGCCGUGACCAGUCACGUGGGCCCUGUUGAAGGGGACUCAGACCCUGCCCCCGUGAAUCCUUGCUACGACGGGAGCCACGCGUGUGACACGACAGCCCGGUGCCAUCCGGGGAUGGGUGUGGACUACACCUGCGUGUGUGCACCAGGGUACCAGGGGGAUGGACGGAGCUGUGCAGACGUGGACGAGUGUGCAGCCGGCUUCCACCGCUGCGGCCCCAGCGCUGUGUGUGUCAACCUGCCGGGGAGCUACCGUUGCGAGUGCCGGCCUGGGUACGAGUCUGUGGGCGACGGGCGCACGUGCCGCGUGGCCGCCCCGCCUCCCAACCCCUGCGAGGACGGCAGUCACUCCUGCGCCCCCGCCGGCCGGGCCCGGUGCAUCCACCACGGGGGCAGCGUGUUCAGCUGCGUCUGCCUGCCCGGGUAUGCGGGCGACGGGCACCAGUGCAGCGACGUGGACGAAUGCUCGGAAAGCAGAUGCCACCCCCAGGCGGCCUGCCACAACACCGCAGGCUCCUUCUCCUGCCGCUGCCGAGCUGGCUAUCUUGGGGACGGAUUCCAGUGCACCUCUGCCCUGGUCCCGGAAGACCCCACCUCAGGACUGAAGCCCUGUGAACUUCAGCAGCGUGACGCCCAGGCACAGCUCGCCCACCCGGGCCAGCUCCACGUCCCCCAGUGCGACGAGCACGGCCACUUCCUGCCCCUGCAGUGUCACGGCAGCACUGGCUUCUGCUGGUGUGUGGACCCUGAGGGCCACGAGGUCCCCGGCACCCAGACCCCGCCCGGCUCCACCCCGCCUCACUGCGGACCACUAGAGCCCACCCAGCGGCCCCGGACGGUCUGUGAGCGCUGGAGGGAAACCCUGCUGGAGCUGUACGGUGGCACACCCAGGGACGACCAGUAUGUGCCCCAGUGCGACGACCUGGGCCACUUCAGGCCCCUGCAGUGCCACGGGAAGAGUGACUUCUGCUGGUGUGUGGACAGAGACGGCAGAGAGGUGCAGGGCACCCGCUCCGGGCCGGGCACCACCCCCGCGUGUAUACCCACGGUCGCUCCACCCACGGUCCAGCCCACGCCCCGGCCUGACGUGACCCCUCCGUCCGUGGGCACCUUCCUGCUCUACGCCCAGGGCCAACAGAUUGGCCACUUGCCCCUCAAUGGCACCAGGCUUCAGAAGGACGCGGCCAAGACCCUGCUGUCACUGCACGGCUCCAUCGUCGUGGGGCUUGACUACGACUGCCGGGAGAGGAUGGUGUACUGGACAGAUGUUGCCGGACGGACGAUCAGCCGGGCCAGUCUAGAACCGGGGUCCGAGCCCGAGACGAUCAUUAACUCAGGUCUGAUAAGCCCCGAGGGACUUGCCAUCGAUCACUUCCGGAGAACGAUGUACUGGACGGACAGUGGCCUGGACAAGAUAGAGAGGGCCAAGCUGGACGGCUCCGAGCGCAAGGCCCUCUUCCACACAGACCUGGUGAACCCCCGCGCCAUCGCAGUGGAUCCGAUCCGAGGCAACUUGUACUGGACAGACUGGAAUCGAGAAGCUCCUAAAAUUGAAACGUCAUCUUUAGAGGGGGAAAACAGAAGAAUUCUGGUGAAUAAAGACAUUGGACUACCCAAUGGUUUAACCUUUGACCCCUCCUCCAAACUGCUCUGCUGGGCAGAUGCAGGAACCAAAAAGCUGGAGUGUACACUCCCUGAUGGGACUGGACGGCGUGUCGUCCAGAGCAGCCUCAACUACCCCUUCAGUGUGGUCAGCUACGCGGGUCACUUCUACCACACAGACUGGAGGAGGGACGGUGUGAUAUCAGUCGACAGGGACAGUGGCCAGUUCACGGACGAGUACCUCCCAGAGCAGCGGUCUCAUCUCUACGGGAUAACUGCAGUCCACCCCUACUGCCCUGCAGGAAGAAAGUAAAUACAGCCUCAUAAAGGACUU